UGGCUCAGUUCCUUUAACCCUACACAUAAUGACCUCACACGGUACAUUUCAUUUGCAGGCAAAAUCAACCUUGGGUAUCAAAAGAUUUUGUAGUUUUCAAAAGAGUUGUUUUUCUCCAGUUUAACUUCAUAGCAAGUUUUUCACAGGGUUCUUCCUUUUGGAAUUUUAUACGGACAAAGCUAAGUCAUGACAUGGCACGGAUGGAGCCAGAGGGCAGCAUCUGUACGGCAACCUUGUACAAACAAAAAACAUAAUAAUUUAUAGAUUGAAUUUUUUAUACGUAUAAAAUAAUAUUCAUCCACUGAAAAACAGAAAAAUGACGCCCUACGAGAUUCUGUACAAGUUUUUUUUUUUUUUUUAAUAAAGAAAAUAUAUGUUUAAUAUUUUCCUUAUUUUCGUAAUCAAACUGGAGGUUAAUCCGGGUCUCGACUCCUCACUUUUAAUUAGCUUUAAUUUUCUAUUCAUUAUAUUUUAUUCUGUACAAGUGCAGAAAAAAUACAUAUAUAACAAAUAACAAUAAUAAUAAUUACAAAGUGAUUUAUUCCUAUCUUGCUAUGUUGGCAUUAAAAGGAUCAAACUCUCUCCUUAUGCCUAAAAAUCUUAUUUUGAUGAAUCCAAUAAUUGAAUUUAAAGCAAAUUAUUUUGAAGCUUUCGAUUUUGAAAUAUUUUACAAAUAAAAGAUAUUGCCGAGACUAAUUGAAGCCAUCUGCUUUUAUAUAUCUAUCAUUUCGCAUCAAAUCAAUACCAACAGAAACUCUUUUCUUUUUUAUUUUUGGUCAAUAGGAAGGAGGAGAUAAAUAACAAGAAAAGUACAAAUAAAGUCUAUGUAGCCAAAAUCAUACAAGCUCAUCAAACCAAACAAAUACCAGAAAACUCCAAACAAAUAUAACGAAAAAAUGACCCACAAAAUGUGAGAAGAGUCAAACCUCGAACAUCCUAGCGAGGUAUAAAGACUCUUGACCAACAGGCUAGCCAUGUUGGUUUGGAAACUUCCUCCUCAAUGCCUGCUUUUUCAUGGAUGUUUGACCAAAGAACUUAGAAAAUAACUCCUAGUUCUCUCAGGAAGAUGUUUGAUCAACCAGUUCAUACAUGUAACAUACGAGAACAAAUCAAGGCUAGCCAUCAAAUUUCUGAUAGACUCUGAAAGUCAAACAUGGUACUUCGAUCCAAAUGAAAAAUAUUUCCCACAAAACAAAAUCAUGGCUAAAUAAACGUCACAAAGAGACUGGUUCAUUAUACUGGUCACAAUUCAAGCCAUUCAAUUUUAUAUUUAUGGAAGCAUAACGCAACCUAACCACGUUAUCACAUUUCACACAUCACUUCCAUGCUGCGCCAACUCAAAAUCAGUCAUAGAUUGGUUAUACUUAGAUGAUCCAAGCCAUUCAAUUAGCAGACUUCAUAUUGAAUCUCCACAAUCAUUAAACUGGUCAAAAUUCUAGCAAGAGGCUACAAUACUAUCUCACACUUCUAAAUAUGGUAUAUACAAAGACCCAUCAUUGUCCACACAAAUAAGUCACUAGUUAAGACAAAGGGUUGCUUUCCUUCCAAUUUCAUAAAACCACCCACAUGUAAUUGAUUUAAUCCUAUUUUAUUAGCCAACAUCAAUGCCCUAAUCUGCAUGAGAGUACACCAUAUAUAAUAUAACCAGUACACUGCUCUCUAAUUCACAUCAACCGCACUCGACAAUAUCGGUAGUUAAUUCAUCCUAGGUUCAUCCAUCAACAAAAAAAGAACAAAGCCCUCUUCCAUGGAGAAAAAAAAACAACUCAAAUAUUCAACUUCCACCUGGUUUUAGGUUCCACCCAGCUGAUGAGGAGUUCAUCGUGCACUAUUUGAGAAACAAAGCAACUGCAAGUUCACUUCUGUGUUGCUGCAUCCAACACUUUGUUCCUGAAAUCUUCUUUUAUUCUUUUGAUGGUCAAACUUACCAAGCGAAAAAGAAUUAUUAUUUUUUUUUUUUUGUUUCUUUUUUAAACAGGGAAAGCUUUGUUUGGCAAGGAGGAAUGCUACUUCUUCACCCCAAGGGAUAGGAAGUACCCCAACGGAGUGAGGCCUAAUAGGAUGGCAGCUUCAGGUUAUUGGAAGGCUACGGGAACUAAUAAACAAAUUCGCAGUUCAUGUGGAGCAAGGAUAAUUGGAGUGAAAAAAGCUCUGGUGUUCUAUAGAGGACGCCCUCCAAGAGGAAUCAAGACGGACUGGAACAUGCAGGAGUACAAAUUGCCCGAAGCAACGAUGUUGACUUCCAACCAAAAAGGAUGCAUAAGGUUCGAUGAUUGGGUACUCUGCCACUUUCGGCAGAAAAACAGUAUAAGGAACAGUUUGGAAGAUCAAUUUGGUUAUAGAAAUGAAUCACUUUGUGAAGAACCAUGCUCUACAAGUACAAAUGCCAAACUUGAAAUGGUCAGAGAAUUUCUGUACAGAGAUUGCCUGGUGUUACCAUUAAGCAUUGGGUCUUCCAUGGACACAGUUUCUAGCAUAAGCUUUGAAGCUAGCAAAACCUUUACUUCAGUCUGUAAAGGCUAUUCUGACAAACUAUUCGCAAUACUCAGUCCCACCUUUCUACAGUUCGAUCAAUGGACAUAAGAGAAAGCAGCCCACUGAAGGAACUCAGUAUGAGAAUUUCAUCCAACCCAAGAAGGUAACUGACAGAGAUGAUCAAUGGAGCGACAACAGAACUGAAUCGAAUUUAUGUAUUACAAACCAGUCCGAAGGUAACAACUUCAACACCAACCAAUGGAAUUCUAUAAUCCAAUAUCAAGAGUUUAAUCACUUGGACUUUGCAGAAGGUGAGUGAAGUAUUCGGGAAACCAUAUGGAUAUAACAUUUUGGUGUUUUCUGGAAGUGACUGUAUGUUUCAUAUUUUUAAAGAUGUUGGAAUGUGUCAAAUAAGUCUUGUACAACAAGGUAGUGGGCCAAAGCAAAUACAGUGAUUUAUUUCACUGGGAAUGCUUCAUAAAAAGAAUUUCUAACUAGAAUAACACGGCACUAUUACUUCAGAAAAUAAUAACAAUGAUGAUGGAUAUUUGUUAUGAAAUAAUUAGAAACUAACAUGCCAUGUUCUACUAGUGAAUUUCUAGCUAUAAACUCUGUUUGAAAAUCACUACUUUUUUCAUAAGUAAAUACAUAUGUACAUAAAUGGGUAUGUUGUAGAUAUCUGAGAAAUAUAUAUACAUAUAUUGCAACUAAAAGUUCACUCUCCAAGCAUGUGAAUCUUUGGGUUAAAUGAAACUGUUACAAACUUAUUGAAUGUUUUCUUUGCAAUUAAUGAAUGAAGUGGCUAGACAUGUUGAAGACAAGAUUACAUGAGAUAUGUUAAUUGUUAAAAGUAUUGAUCAACGAAAUUAUAGUAGAAUAAAUGUUUUAAGAUUAGAGAAGAGCUUUAGAUUAAGAGGUUUUGAAUAUAUAAGACUACAAUCAAAUAGAUGAAAUAUAACUUAACAAAAACAUACAUUAAUUAAAAAUAAUGAAUAUCACAGCCCCAUAGAUUUUAAAAGGGUACCAUUUUGUUAUCUAUAGUCAAAUCAUUAAUGAGAGAAAUUUGAAAAUGCAUAUCACAACGCCAUGGGUGAAAUGUAAGAACUAUAAGACCAACCAAUUCUUAUAAUAGAAGAUGUUUGGAAGCUACUUAACAUGAUAUAGUAAGACAAACAUGAAUUGUGGAAGUUGAAAUGUAUGCAAUUGUAAAAAGAUGUCACCCUGGUACGAAAUUAUUUAGGAGUGAACUCUCUAGUUUGCUGGUUUGCAGGAAGUUUUUUGAUGUUCCAUUUAAGCUUUGGAUAGAAGAUGGUUUCAGCUAUGUGGCAAAUGUGAUUAGCAGUAUACUCGAUCCCAUUGUAGGCUUAUUUUUCCAAAGCGUCUGUAUUGAAAUUUAAGCAAAUAAGGAGAUUCCAAAUUCCUUCAUACUUAAUUUAGGUCAUGAGGACCCUUAUGAAAUUAGAGUUGAAGUGUCAAGAAAACCCCAAAAAUGUGAUGAGUGCAAAGCUUUUAGUCAUUAACCAAAGCUCAUGGUUUCUAGUUCCUUAACCAAACAAGAAUGGUUAGUUAAAAGGGAUAAAGGGGAAACAAAACCCAGUAAAUGGGCGGAAAGCCAAAAAGAGAUAUGGAAAGGAUGUCAUGCAUUCUUGCCCAAAGAAAAAGCUUAAGGUGUGACCUCUACAUCCAUUUAUCCAACUUCAUCAAAUAUUUUUGAUGUGUUAUCAGCAUGUGUUCCAAAUGAGAUUCCAGGGGUUGAGAUGAAGAGUAAUGUUGUGUUUGGUUAGGGGACUUGGGAAGG